CACAUACAAACACACACAAUCACACACGAAGAGAGAUCCUCGGGUUCUUCCGUUUGGAGUCGUAAUCAGAGCCUAGACAGGCGCGACAGACGCAUCAACCGGUCUUGGCUUGCGGUUUGAGAUUGUUUACAUCCAAUCAAACAAGUAAGAAAGAAAGUAACCUGCUGCUGAAAUGGACACCUCUGAUCAGCUAGCAUCUGGAACGUUUCAAGUGCUCAAAUUACCUCUGGGAUUUAUCCGUAUUUUGGAAUGGCUCUUUGCCAUUUUUGCAUUUGCAACAUGUGGAGGCUACUCGGGGCAGCUGCGGGUUAGUGUGGACUGCAUGGAGAAGGCCCUAAGCAACCUCAGCAUUGGCAUCGACUUUGCUUAUCCUUUCAGGUUGCACCAGGUGUCCUUUGAAGCGCCCGUGUGUGAGGGUAUUAGGAGGGAACGCGUUUUCCUUAUUGGAGACUAUUCAUCCUCUGCAGAGUUCUUCGUCACCAUUGCUGUCUUUGCCUUCCUGUAUUCCCUCAUGGCCACCGUUGUCUACAUCUUCUUUCAGAACAAGUACCGUGAAAACAACCGAGGACCACUCAUUGACUUUGUAGUGACAGUGGUGUUCUCCUUCAUGUGGCUGGUUAGUUCCUCUGCCUGGGCCAAGGCUCUGUCUGAGGUGAAAAUGGCCACUGAUCCAGAUGAGGUGCAGCUCCUUAUCUCUGCCUGCAAAGUCCAGACUAACAAGUGUGGCUCUGUGCAUGGACCACGCUGGUCCGGACUCAACACCUCAGUGGUUUUUGGGUUUCUCAACUUUGUUCUAUGGGCCGGGAACAUCUGGUUUGUCUUUAAAGAGACCGGUUGGCACAAGGGCGCUACAAGGUUAGCAGGCGGGGCAUCUGAGAAACAGUCUGACGCCUUAAACCAGCAGCGCUACAACCAGGGAAGCUUCGACCAGUCAGGGAGCUACAACACCCAGGGAAACCUCGGACAGCCAUCUGAGUACAGCCAGGUGGGAGGGCCCACCUCCUACUCCAAUCAAAUGUAGCCGUGCCUUUUCGAUUCGUGAGUGGCACUUCUGCAUUUUAAACUAUGGCAAUCAGGGGGUUCUCAGAGAG